AUUAGAGAGAAAUUAUACAUAAACAUCCAUAAUGAGUCACUUCAGCAACGUUCCCAACCAGAAACAGGGCGAGUUCCAGCCCGGUCCUGCGCCAUCUGGUAACUACCAGCAGCCCAACGGACCUUGGCCAAAUGACAAGCACGCUCCGGGCGUAAAAGCCUCUCCAGCAGACAACGUCCCCGAGUUCCAUGCCGAAACUCACCCGCCUGGUACUGCGCCGGCCAGUAGUUCCUACCAACCCAACCCAAUCGACCAUAGCGGUGAGCAGGCCAUGAAUCCCAAUGUCCUGCGGAGUCACGGCAAGGAGGAAGUGAGGACUUCUGCAGAGUCGACUCUAAUGGGCGCGACUUCGAAAGACGUACACCAGGGUGCGGGACACCCUGGUUCUGGACAGAGUAGCGCUGAGCUGCGCCAUGAUGGGCAGCAUACGAAUAAGAACCCUGGUCGGGGACUUGAGGGGGCUAUGAAGGGAGUGCGCGAUGACUUUGGAACUAGGACGGAUCAGUACCUCUCGAAGAAGCCUACCGCUGCAGAGGGAAGUCAUGCGGAGGGUUCUCGUCCUUAA